AUGGCACGAGAGGGAACUCGCUCGCAGACCGGCCACUCCAAGCCGCGCGUCUUCCAGACCGUGGACACUGCGCCCACGAUCACGCGCAAGAAGGCCACCAAGACCAAGAAGACCACUGCUGCGCCCAAGGCUUCCAAGCCUACCGGUGUCACGAAGAAGACCAAGAAGGAGCCCAGUGCCGCUGCCAAGGCCAAGGCCGUUGUGAAGAAGGCCGUCAAGAAGACCGAGGGCAAGGCCGUCAAGGCCGAGAAGGAGGCCAAGCCCAAGACGACCACGCACAAGAAGGAGCCUGUUCUCGCCAAGUGA